AAAAGUUCACAAACUGAAAUAAAGACAAGAACUUUGCGAGAGAGAAAUAACGAAUUUGCUAUGUCGUUUGAGGACGCAWCAUCCAAACUGUAUUAUCCCAGAGUCAAAGGAUUCAUAACUUUUACUGUCUGUGCCUGGAUAAAAACCACAUUGAAUGAAAGACUUCAGUGUCUCUUUUCUUUUUACAACGAAGAUCAGCGAUUCCAAAUAUGUUUCAAUUCAACUAAAGUACUGGUUUUCCUUAUUAAUGAUAAAAGGAGUGUGACAUUCACAUUUCCCCCCCUGUCAUCGUCACACUGGACGCAUAUGUGCUUGACAAAAGACUACAGUGGUAUCGGAAAUUUCUACCUAAACGGAAUGUUGAUUGAAACUGGUUGGUUAUUUCAAAAGUAUGUGAAUUUCAAUGAUGGCUCUUUGAUCAUUGGACAAAAGCAAGAUAGCACGAGGGCUGGUGUUGAUCCACUUARUGGAUUUGUGGGACAUCUUUCACAGUUCAGGAUGUGGGCUAUAUCACAAAGUGAUAAAGUUGUUGCUUCCUUAAAUAGUAAAUGUAUAGAUGACUAUGGAGUCAUUCCAUGGCCCGAGGCGUUUCUCUUUAUAUCUGGCAAUGUGAAAAUGUACAACGUUACCUUUUGCAAGGACUUUAAGGUUGGUCAUCAGUGGAACCUGGUUUUAAGUGAGCAAAGUAAGUUUCAGGAUUUACCACAUCGAGACCAGUUAUUUGCUGUGCAUUCAGACAACUCUUCAUCCAUGGGUUUGAAUGUGUUUAGCCACGAGAAGAAAGACAGUUGUGUAGAACUUAUGAAAAACACGCAUUAUUUACGAUGCUGGCAUGAACCAAGAARGUGCCUUCAGGGAUUUACUGUGUCUUUUUUGCUUAAGUUUGGUGAUCAAAUGAUAUCGCGAAUUCUUGACAAGCAACCAGAGGAAAGGAAACGACUGGAAAGCUUUCUUUCACCUAUAGUGAGUUCAAAGUCAAAGUGGGCGCUUUGCUACCGUGCGUCAAGAGAUAGUUGGAAUCCACAGGCAUUCCACACCAACUGUGAUAACAAGUCGCCAACUUUGACUAUCGUUAAAGUCAAGGACUACAUCUUUGGUGGCUAUACCGAUAAGUAUUGGGGAGGAAGUGCUUCUGAUACUAGCUCCAGUGACAAGUCAUUUCUAUUUAGUCUCAAGAAUCCGUCUGGAUGUGGAGCAUUUAAAGUUGRUCUCAAGGCGGGGYAUAGCGCAAUCCGCAAGCAACCAUAUUUAGGUCCAGUGUUUGGCAAAGAUGACCUUCACCUUGGAGCAGUGUCUUUCAGUGAUUUGGGUGUAGCAUAUGACAUUUCAAAUAUUUCUUGUCAAUCGUCUAACAGUCGUGAGGAAGCUCGGCGAAUUCUUGCCGGUAGUUACUAUUUCUCACCUGAUGAUAUCGAAGUUUUUGAGUAUAUCGAGCCGGUCAGCUCAAAAACGAUGAUCCUGUCGGGAUGCAGGUURUCAUUCUAUCAGCAAGACAAUGACUACGAAAUAGAAGUAUUCGCCUUGUCUUCCACGUAUUGGCGAUAUCAUCUUCGUGUACCUAUUGCCAAGCGUUCCAUGUGGACUCAUAUUGUAAUCACGUGGUCAGAAACUUUCGGCAUUCGGUUCAUCCAGGAUGGCGUGGAGUAUGACUUCAGUUCAACGAUGGAAUACAAAACUCCUUCAUGCCGCAAUGCUAAACUUUACACACUAGUUGUUGGAUGCACAUACUCCUCUCGCUUAAACGUCGAGCAUACAAUGAACUUUCAGCUAACCGACAUUACGCUUUGGAGCUCAGCUUUGCCUAUAAAAGAAGCUUCAAUCGUUUCGCGGGAGACUAAAGACUUUUACAAAACUGCUCAAGUCCUGAAUGUUGCCUACAAGAAGAAAGCAACAGCUUUUCCUUCUACAGCCAAUCAUCUAAGAGCCGUAGAUGGCAAAUCGACAACCUGGUCUGCAGGUUACUGCAUUGAUAUUAAUAAUAUCAAAAUAAGACCAUGGCUAGAAAUAGACCUCGAACAGGAGUACUUGAUAUCCGAUAUCUUUAUAUCUGUUUACAAAUACGGCAUUAAUGACAAAAGACUUUAUCUUCAAAAUUUUGAGAUAAUCAUUUCGAAUGAGACUGGCAAUGUGAACGGCAGUAAAUGUGGAGAAGACCUUACACUUUACAAGCAGUCACAUGGUAGGUUUUACUGUCAAGAUCGACCGCGAGGRCGCUACGUGAGAAUCGCAUCCACGCUACAAAACGAUAAAGUCGAGUCAUUUGGAAUAUGUGAAGUGGAAGUUGAAGUACUUCAAGUUCCGGGAUAUUGGAAUGCAACCACAGCUUUUCCAAACUACAARGGAAAAAAAGAGUUCUAUCGCACUGGUUUUGUAGUAAAUUCCAGGAAUUGUCUUUCAUUCUCAUAUCUCUUCAACGGUUCUGAUCCAGGACGAUUAAAUGUUAACUUUAGUGGCGCCGAGACGUUGCUAUGGCGGUUUACUGGUCACCAUGAGAAUAACCGCUGGUCAAUAGCACAAGUGCCGAUUAAUGCAGACAUUGCCUAUCAGAUAAUUUUCGAAGCGGUUGUCGGCGAUAAUGGUUACAUUGGUGUAGAUAAUGUUAUAUUAUCAAACGAAGAAAAUUGUUCCUUCGUUCCUAAACUGGCUCGAAACCAGGUCUURGGUAUGACGACUAACAUGAUUGGUCAUAUCAACACGUACCAAGACUGGCUGCUCCCAACGGUGGCUGCACAAGCAGGAAUCUGGAAUAAGUAUUUUAAACCAUGUUAUCAUGCGCUUACCGACGGCUGGAACGCUUCCAUGUUACUGCAAAAGUGCAGCAAGAAAGGACCGUUGAUCUUCUUGGUGAGAAAAGAAUCGUUAGUUUUUGGUGGUUUUACUGACGUCAAUCAUUUAAACGAUUACUUGGGACUUCCCAAAGACUAUGCUCUCAAACGAUCAACCUCCGCGUUAAGGAUUCAUCGAAACGUUAGGGAACAUGCUGCAUCGCGUGCAGUAGAUGGUAAUAWAAACACGCUUACCAGGACAGAACAUGACGAUUAUUCUUGGUGGAGUGUGAAGUUGGACCGUGCAGUGUUCAUAUCCAAAAUAUACAUAUAUCGUCAUAAUGGUCGCUUAUCACCGUUUCACAUUAAYAUAAGCCAUGGCGCUAAUGURACACGGUGUGGUAGUUCGGGGUUAACACUUCUUAGKARAGCAGUAGAAGGAUGGUUUCACUGCAAUCCACCGAUCUAUGGCGACAACGUUACUCUUCACCUCGAGUUGCUAAAACCACAUUUUAUACAAAUAGCAGAGGUSCAGGUUUACGGUUACGAGGGGGUUCCUUCGUCAAAAGCUUUUUUGUUUAUUCUUAAACACGAUUCUCCUGGUGCUCAAAUGGACCUUCUACCAAAUCGACAUCACACCAGUGUGUUCUUCACCGAAGAUGGAAUAAUAUUCGGCGAAGGUGAUCUUUUUAUUAAUAUAACCGAGAGAACUGUCCGGUUUAAACCAGGAAUUUCAUAUCAAGCUUUUGCUGAUGAUAACAUUUACAAGGCACCCUUAGAAGCAGACGACAUCGAAGUACUAGCGUUAGGUGGUAAGUGUAAAUGCCUCUGGAUGGUUCAAUGA